AUGUUGUUGGACUGGAAAGACAUUUCCAUUGGCGCUUUCAUCUGUGCCACUCUUGUCGGUGCGCUCCUUCGUGUGAACAAGAGAACAAUACUUCCGCUGCCGCCGGGACCGCGACCUGUUCCAAUCCUUGGCAAUAUUUGCGGGGUUGACAUCAAAGCACCAUGGCUUGGUUACACGGAAUGGGGUAAACAAUAUGGUGAUAUUGUAUGCUCGCACGUUCUCGGCCAAUACAUUGUUGUGAUCAACUCUGAGAAAGUGGCCUUCGAGCUUUUGGGGAAGCGGUCAUAUAACUACUCUGACAGGCCAGACCUUCCAGCAAACGAACUUUUCGGGUUUGGUUUCAACACCAUACUCAUGAAAUACGGAGCUCGUUGGCGUUGUCAAAGAAGGAUAUUCCAUCAAACAUUCAGGGCAGAGGCAGCUCUAAGUUACCGUCCCAUGCAGCAGAAAAAAGUUCAACAGCUUAUCUGUGACAUGUAUGAUGCCCCAGAGGAAUUCCUAAAGCAUAUUCACGUAUUUUCAUCUUCCGUGAUAAUGUCGGCUUCAUAUGACUACGAAACAAAACCCGAUGACCCGUUGGUGGACCUUAUUGGAAAGUCACUCGAGUUGGCCGUACAGGAACUCAGACCUGAGGUAGCUACCGUUCUCAACGCACUUCCAUUCCUUCUACGCAUACCAGCAUGGUUUCCUGGUAUGUCCCUCAAGAAGAAAGUCAUCAAGUCUCGAGAAUGGCUUCAACAGUGGAUGAACGAUCCUUUCCAGGAUGUGCUUGAAAGAACGGCUGAAGGGAAAGCCCAGCCAUCCAUGGUUUCAAAUGCCCUCAGACGGAUCGAAGGAAAAGAGACUCCUGAUGAUAUAACAACUAUCAAGGAAACUGCAGCCACUGCGUUUGGAAGUAAGUGCCAGUCGGAUACAACGGAUUUGAUAUUGCAAGUAUUCAUCCUUGCUAUGGUGCUCUUCCCAGAGGUGCAAGCGAAAGCCCACACUCUGAUCGAUGAAGUUGUUGGCGCGUCGAGGUUGCCGACUUUUGAAGAUAGAUCGUCUUUGCAGUAUAUUGAUGCUAUCCUCCGGGAAACUCUUCGUUGGCAUCCCAUUUUGCCCCUAUCGGUACCGCAUGCAUCGACGAACAGCGACGUUUACGAGGGAUAUUAUAUACCCAAAGGUACCAUCAUUGUGCCGAAUGUGUGGGCAAUGUCACAGAACGAAGAGAAAUACCCAAAUCCUUCGCAGUUCUCGCCCGAGCGCUUCCUGGCAGCUGAUGGCAACCUCAAUGACGACACCGUCAAUAUGGCCUUUGGAUUCGGGAGAAGGAUUUGUGUUGGACGGCAUUUUGCAGACGCAAAUCUAUGGAUCGCAAUUACUUCGCUACUUGCCACAUUUAAAUUUUCGAAACAAAUCGGUGCAGACGGGAAGGCGAUUGAUUUCGAACCACGAUGGUCCAGUGGUAUCGCAAUUCACCCACUUCCCUACCCGUGCAGCAUCACUCCAAGGCUCCGCAAGGUUACUCAGAUACAUGAUCUUUAG